CAAACAUCUGCACGUCUAAUCUCGUAUUGUAUAAGGAAAGUCAAAUGUUCGCGCGCAAAUGUUCCCGCCAAUUCGAUAGCGGUCGACUCGACUGGCAGUCGAAGCUUCGAAAGGUUGCUUCGAAAGGUUCAGCUUCUACGAAGUCGAAUGGAAUUCAAAUUUAGCGAUUGACGCAACGAGCGAGCAGUUCAUUGGUUUAUGUUACUCAGAAUCAAUAGGAUCGGACGAAAGAAUGAAACGGGCCGGACCAAAGGGAAUCCGAUGACGUCUUGGUAUGUGUAAGCGUGCCAAAUCUGGAAGAUGGUUUUACCAGGCCACCUGUAGCGAUAUCAGGAAGUAUCAGAUAUACGUUUCGACAAUGUAAUCGAUUUCGGAAAUCGAUAACGACAAGUGUCAUCCUUAUUUACCUUGCAUUUUUCUAAUUAUAUCUCUGUUCAUCGUGAAAGAAGUAAAACCAUAACCUGUGAAGUGGUUAUAUGAGGAAAGAUAUCGAUGUCAGAAAGCGUAGCUUCAUGCAUAUGCAAGAGACAAGGGAAAUGGUCAUGGUUCAAUCAUUGUAUCCAGUGAUGCAGUUGUUACCAACAGCAAUCAUGCUCGAAAGGAUAAAUGAUCCGCUAGAAAAGUGUGGUAUGCUCGUCGUGCAAAGCGUUCAACUAUUGAUCGUGACAUGACAAAAUAGAAUCCACGGGCGAGUGGCCUCAACCACCGAGUAGAAAGGGACGAUUAGGAAAUGGCGGAGGAGGCGAAUAAAUUCUUCCGCUUUAUCUGCCGGUGCACGUUGCGCCGUGGACGAAAAUUGUCGCGAGUCUCGCGUGCGUUCACGGUCAGUGACGUCUACCUUCUAUCUAUUCUCCCUCGUCUCGUCCUGGAUGGACGAAGUCCGUCACGUGACCUUGCUGGUAUACCUCCUGUUUCGCCUCGAGUCGCGAACAAAUAUCGGAGGAAGAUUAACCAAGUUCACAAUCGACGAAAACUCGCCCGUAGUCGACAAUGUCAAGUUGAUAAGAUCGUCGAAUAACCAGCAGACUGACACUGCAAAUCAUUAGGCCAUCAUUCAUACUCUGAUGCAACACUGCCGAGUCAAUAGUACUUCCAUUUGGAUGGAUUUCUUUUAUGAUUACGUCCUUAGACGCGCAGGCUCCUCUUCGUAACAUUGUCCGUCGAUAGUUGUUCAACAGAACGUUGUGUACCUUCUUUCAAACACAGAAACAUGCACACAGGGUGUCUCAUACGUAUUUCGUUAAUGAUACGAAAAAGUGGAAAUGAGAUAAACCGUGAUCGCAUCUUUCGUAACUAUUCUUGUAAUACUUGAAAGAAACAAAUUCAUUGAUCUCAUCAACUGUGUGUCAAAUCGUAUCAUUUAAACAUAAUUAAAUUGAUAUGUUUCGUACGUACCAAAACUGUUUCCAUAUAAUGCACGUAAUACGAAGAUAUAUCAUUGUCAUAAAAGGUAAUUCGUUAAAUACGUGUUACAGAGGUAUUUAUGACUGACAAUGCGUUUUAUUAUUUCACUUAUGCGUGUUAACAUUUAUUAUUCAAAAUGAUGCCCGAUAUCCAUCCAUGAAAAGUUUGUCAACUUAUGGAGAUUACUUAGAUUCGAGUUAGGGAAAGAAACAAACAUUGAUGCUCUACUACAUUGUUACUUUUUCUUACUUUUUUGUACAUUGCAUUACUUCAUGAGGUUUCGACAUAUCCAGUGAUAACAAAUAAACAUGUUUUCAUAUUGGAUGCAAUCUUUGACUUUGGGCAUUAUUCGCGAAAUGUACAGUUCCGAUACAGUUCGAAAUUGAACGAUCAGAUCAGCACGGUUCAG